UUUGUUUCAGAUGCUUGUGGUUCAUGCUGGAGGUGUUGAUGACAAAGAAUGAGAAUAACAGUCACUCAUUCCUGAGGAAGAUGGUAGAGAACAUCAAACAAACAAAAGAUGCUCAGGCCCCAGAUGACCCAAAAGCAAAUGAGAAACUUUACAUUGUGUGUGAUGUGGCGUUAUUUGUGAUUGCAAACAAGAGCACUUCAUGUCAUCUGGACUCCCCAAAAGAUCCUGUGCUGCCUUGCAAGUUCUUUACCCCACCUGAUAAGGAUUUUAUCAAUGAUAAGGAAUAUUUGUCACCAGAAGCCAAAAUAGUUCUGCAGACAGGAAAAAUCCAGCAACCACCAAAGCAGACAGGUGUGCUGGGGGCAGUGAACAAACCUUUAACAGUAACAGCUCGCCGACCGUACAUUAAAACCCCCACCUCUGACACAGUAAGCAACGCAAGCACCAACUCUCAACCCAGCUCACCUGCAACAAAUAAGAGCAGGGAUAUGAGUUCUGAGGCCUCAGAAACAGGGGCGAGGGAGAAUGAAGAGAACCCUGUUAUCACAAAAGCAGGAGUUGUAAAGAAGGAGGAGACUGCUCAGCCCAGUGGGAAGAAGCGUGCUGCUCCUGCGAGUGACGGCACAGAGAACAGCUUGUCUUCAAACACCUCAGCAGGGUCACAGCCCCCUGCCAGUAAACCACGACGCGGUCGACCCCCUAAAAAUGCUGCGGGCGUUGCCACACCAGAGAAAGAUGCUGGAGCUACCACAGGAGGAGGGGCCGGACGGGGCCGGAAGAGAGCAGCACCUGCCCAGGACCCUGCCACCGCAGCCUCAGCUGAUUCAAUCAAUGUCAAGACACCAAAACAGCAGAAAGAAACCGAGCCGAAAAGAGUGGCGCCACAGAGACAGAUUGACCUGCAAAGAUCAGUGAGGGUAGCACAGCGAGAUCAGCAAGCGUCUCAGAAGACAUAUGGAAGUGAAGGGGAGACAGAGAGAGAAUUUGAGUCCAGCCCAGAGUAUGUAUGUUCACUCACACAGCUACAGGAGCAGCAGGAAGAAGCCAUUCACAAGCAGUCCAGGGGCGCAGCAGGCCCCAAACAGAAAGAAUCCACCCAUGCAGCAGAGCAGGGCAAGCUGUCAGUAAAGCGUCGGUGUGUGAAGACCAGGACGGUCAGGCAGUAAAGGAUUGAGUGACCCUACGAAGAGGCGCAUCCACUUCAUACAUCAGACGCUCUUCACAAACCUGAACUGUCAUUACCCCACACCUCAAACGGAUGAGGAAUGAAUUGUUUAGGUUCAGAUGUUCAAACUUGUAUGUAGAAACACAGACCUGUUUCUCUUCAUUCGUUUUCUUUUCUUUUGUGUUGAAAUUGUUCAUGUUGCUCUUUGCUUCUCUGUCUGGAGCCAUUUUUAAAAACAAACAUUUGAAAGAAAGACAAAAAAAAGAAGUUUUAAUCUGCUCUAAGGUUGCUUAUUAAAUACCUGGAAAGAUUUUUUUACUGUUUUAUCUCUCUCCUCUUUUAAUCCUCUAUUAAAUCCAAAUACUGUCCUCAGAUUUCUUUGAUUGCAAGGAUUUAUUGAGGCUCAUGUCUUGUAUUAAAUUAGUUUAACUCUAUAAAUUUAAAGAGCAGAGACUGCAAGACUGUAUGAUUAAUAAUGCUGCUAUUUAUUCUGUUGGGUGUAUGAGCACGAAUUCCUCAUACUGUUACAAGGGCACGUUAAGUUGCUACAUUAAAUUUGUUAAAAUCAAUACUAAAUAUUUAGUAACAUGUUCAGAAUUCAGUGUUCAAAUGGUUUCAAACAUUUAAAUAGAAUAUGAUGUUCAGUUUCAUUUUACCCAGGUUCAUAUGAAUACCCAAGUUAUUUUUUACAUUUUAAUUCUUUAAAUGACAUGCAUUUCAAACACAUUCAAACUACUUAAAUUUGACACCUACUGAUGUAGAUGUCCUCACAGGUGCAGAGCAGAGAUUCACAUAACACAAGUUAAAAACUUUUUCACUUUUUGUUUUUUGUUUUAAUUCAAAAGAAUAUGACAGUUUCACAAUAAAUAACCAUGCUUGUA